AUGGACACUGCAAUGGAAGCUAACCUGGGUGCCGUGGGUCACGGGUCCCGUACAGAGCUUGAAGACGAGGACUACUACCCCCAGGGUGGCUGGGACACGGUCUUCCUGGUGGCCCUACUGCUCCUGGGGCUGCCAGCCAAUGGGCUCAUGGCGUGGCUGGCUGGCUCGCAGGCCCGGCAGGGAGCAGGCACACGGCUCGCCCUGCUCCUGCUCAGCUUAGCCUUGUCUGACUUUUUGUUCCUGGCGGCAGCAGCCUUCCAGAUCCUGGAGAUCCAGCAUGGAGGGCACUGGCCUCUGGGGACGGCUGCCUGCCGCUUCUACUACUUCCUGUGGGGUGUGUCCUACUCCUCCGGCCUCUUCCUACUGGCAGCCCUCAGCCUGGACCGCUGCCUCCUGGCGCUGUGCCCACGCUGGUACCCUGGUCAUCGUCCAGCCCGCCUGCCCCUCUGGGUCUCUGCCGGGGUCUGGGUGCUGGCUACCCUCUUCAGCGUGCCCUGGCUUGUCUUCCCUGAGGCCGCCGUCUGGUGGUACGACCUGGUCAUCUGCCUGGAUUUCUGGGACAGCGAGGAGCUGCCGCUGCGGAUGCUGGAGAUCCUGGGGGGCUUCCUGCCUUUUCUCCUGUUGCUCGUCUGCCACAUGCUUACCCAGGCCGCUGCCUGCAGGACCUGCCACUGCCACCAGCCUAGGUCCAUGGCCUGCCGUGGCUUUGCCCGUGUGGCCAAGACCAUUUUGUCAGCCUAUGUGGUCCUGCGGCUGCCCUACCAACUGGCGCAGCUGCUGUACCUGGCCUUCCUGUGGGACAUCUACCCCGGCUACCUGCUCUGGGAGGCUCUGGUCUACUCUGACUACCUGAUCCUGCUCAACAGCUGCCUCAGCCCCUUCCUCUGCCUCCUGGCCAGUGCCGACCUUCGGGCCCUGCUGCGCGAGCUGCUCUCCUCCUUCGCGGCAGCUGUCUGUGAGGAGCGGCCAGGCAGCUUCACGCCAGCUGAGCCACAGACCCACGUGGACUCUGGUGAUCAGACUCUGCCAGGGCUCACGGCUGAGGCUCAGCCACAGGUGAACCAGCCCCCCCCACAGGAGAACCCCGUGGCCCAGCCACGGUUGGAUUCCAUGGCUCAGCCACAGGCAAACCGUAUGAGUCAGCCACAGUCAGAGUCAGUGGUCCAGCCUCAGCUGAACCCCAGGGCCCAGCCACAGGAGAACCAUGAGGCCCAGCCCCAGCUGGAUCCUGUGGCCCAGCCCCAGGCAAGCCCCGAGGCCCAGACCCCUGGGCCCACUGCCAGCCCAGUCCCCAGCCCCUGCGAUGAAGCCUCCUCUGCCCCAUCCAUGGAUUCCACCCCAGAGGUCCCUGUGAACCCAGCCACACCUGCCGCCUCAGAGGGAGAAAGCCCCAGCAGCGUCCCCCAAGAGGAGGCCCCGGGUACAGGCCCUACGUGA